AUGAGCUCGGGAAAUAGCUGCGACAGUCUCAGUGACUCACCUAUCCCAACAAGAGUAGGACCAACAACACCCAGAAGAGGACCCCCUAAAUUCAAACAGACAAUGACUAGACAAUUCAAAAGCAAACCUCCCAAGAAGGGAGUCAAAGGAUUUGGUGAUGAGAUCCCAGGAAUGGAGGGUCUUGGCACUGACAUCACUGUGGUGUGUCCAUGGGAAGCGUUUAGCCAUCUGGAGUUGCACGAGCUCACCCAGUAUGGUAUUAUUUGAGACGGAAUACAGGAAGAUGUGUCACCUGGACUUGUUUAGUAGACUAGCUCCACCUCUGGAUCCCAAAUUAGGGGUGCUGCAAAUGGACACCAUUGCCUUUAUACUCUGAUGCAAACAGCUGAGUUAUAGAUGCUAACCCACCUGCCUAUGAAUGCAUGAUUCAUUUAGUGGCUAUUCAGAUGCAGAAGGAAAUAGGUUUAUGAUGUUUUGGAUGAUAGAAAGGUGACAGCCCAGAAUAACAAUUUGGAAUUUCUUUCCAAUCUGUUUAUUUUCUACUGUACAUAACCAAAAUACAAUACAGUGGUACAAUCUGUGGCACCACCUGUUUUUAUUUGUGCUAGUUCUAUAUUUUGUAAAAAAAUUUCAGUAGGUGCUCUCUGAGAGGAAAUGCCUUAUAAGUUAUUGGCUGUUCACAUCACUUCAUCUGGCGUAUGGUAUCAGUUUUUUAGACCAUUGUUGUUGUUAGCAAAUUUAGUUUUCAUGUUUGGCUUAAUUUAAAACACAAAACCUUAUCGUAUCAUAUUUGAAGCAUGAACAAGAAAUGUGGAAAUUAAGCAUGGAAA